AUGCGUCAUUGCUCACUUUGUAGACUUGCAGGUCGUUUCGGUAAUGACAUUCGGCGUGUGCCCAUUAACCAAGCACCAAGCUAUGACGAACUUUGUCUCAUGAUGUAUCGUCUGUUCAAGAAUCGGCUGUCGAAUCCCGAGCAUAUUACACUAAAGUAUACUGACGAUGAGGGCGACCUUAUCAGCAUGACAGAUGAUACAGACGUGAAUCAUGCUAUAUCCCAAAGUCCAUUACUCAAGAUUACGGUCUUUGACAAGGAAACGAGUGAUCCUGAAGUACCCAGCUUACAAGAUCUUCAAUCACAAAUCAAAAAGCUUUCCGAAAUGCUUGAAAAAGUGAUGGAUACAGCACCCGUUGCCAAGGAAACCAACAAUCCCUCAGCAGCAGCAGCAGCAGCACCUGAAAAGACAUAUCGUCAAUUGACAACGGCUGAGAUGGCCGAGUUUUUGGAUGAGCACAAGUUGGAUCAUAUCAACAAAAAGACAGAGACCACAUCACCUGCUGGACCCCAACCGAUUCCCUCAUCUUCUUCAUCACAGCAGCAAUCAGCUGUUCCUACACCUGCAUCUCAGCCGAUACAGCAUCAGGAACCACAAAGAAUACCACCUACUCCUCAUACUCAGCAACAACAACAGCACAUGUCUUAUCCUCCACAGCAACAACAACAACAACAACAACCAUAUCCUCCUCCUCAGCAACCACCACAACCAGCAUCUACUUUUAGCAACACAAACAUGCCUCAACCACAACCAUCACCUUCUUAUCCACCACCUACACCCCAAACACCUGUGAACUAUGUUCCUGAACAACAACAACAACAACAACAACAACAACAACAACAACGUCCACCACCACAACAGCAACCACCACCACCCCCUCCUGUACCAGCAACUCCCAAUUAUACACAACAAGGUGGAUAUCCAGUUUCAGCACCAUCUGCCCCUCCACCUACAUCACAAUACUAUUAUCCUACCCAUCAACAACAACAACAACAAUAUAUACCUCCAGCUGGAAGGCGAUAG